UUCCUGUUUGUUUCCUGUAGUUAGCUGCAUGAAACUAUACUCUAUAUACUCUGAUUCUUCUAUAAUAUAACUAUCUAACAACCAUCACCAGGCAAUAUUACUGCAUAUUCGGACCACGCGGAACAUAGAGACCCAGUGUCACAUUAUGGACUCACGGCAUUAGCCAGGUUAGCUUGUUGCUGUCGGUUUCUCCUGCUGUGUGUUUAGCAGCUCAGUAGCAUCUUGAAUGUUAGCUAAUGUGAGCAUUCAGGGGGCUAACAGGAGGCUACAGGCUAAUGCUUGGUUAGUGUUUUACUGUCAGCAUGCUUUAAAGAGAAAUAUUAGCUCUCUGUUGUUAGCCUACGAUGCCGCUCGCUCCUGCUAACCAGGCCCAGUUAAUUCGGUCCAGUCAGAAGGAUGAAUAUUACCAUAGCUUCCUGAGAAACAGCGCUAACGAAGCUUUCCAGACACUUGCCGGAUCCAGAAGAUGGCUGGACUGGAGGAAAGAGGUGGAGCUGCUAUCGGAUCUUGCGUACUAUGGCUUAACAACAUUUUCAGGUUACCAAACCUUGGGCGAGGAGUACGUCAACAUAGUCCAGGUGGAUCCCACUAAACGCCAAAUCCCCUCUAGGGCCAGACGAGGCCUCUUUGUCCUCUGCCACGCCUUGUUCCCGUACCUCCUGGAUAAGGUGCUGGUGUGCCUGGAGAAUGAGCUGGAAGGUGGACAGGAGAGCCGCAGCGGCAUCAGGCAGCGGCAGGCGACAUCCCCGCUGUGGAGUCUGGAGUCCUGGCUGAGGAGGUGGGUGCAGAGGGCGGUGGGGCUGCUGUCAGAGCCCCAGAGGAAAGCGUGUCUGCCGGCUGUGUUUGUCCUUCAUCAGGGUCUGACCCUCCUGCACCGACUCCACGUGGCUCUGUUCUACAUCAGCGGCUCUUUCUAUCAUCUGUCCAGGAGGGCGGCUGGAAUCAGCUAUCUGCGUGUGACGGGGCCCAGCAGCGGUGACGAGGCCAUCAGGAGCAGCUACAGGCUGCUGGGGGUGGUGUCCCUUCUCCAGCUCCUCGUCACUGUGUGUCUGCUGCAGCUCAACACCCUGAGACAGAAGCAAGCGCGACAGGAGUGGAAGCUCUACAGGAACCUCAGUCCUCAGCACACACACAGCUCAGGCCCCAGAGCUGCCAGCUGCAUCCUGUGUCUGGAGGAGAGGAGACACUCCACGUCCACUCCCUGUGGACACCUCUUCUGCUGGGAGUGCAUCACCGAGUGGUGCAACACCAAGGCAGAGUGUCCUCUGUGUCGGGAGAAGUUCCAGCCUCACAGACUGGUGUACCUGAGGAACUACAGCUAGAGCUACACAGCCUGAUGCUACACGUGCACACAUACACACACACACACACACACACACACACACACACACACACACACACACAGUGUUGGUGGACUGUAAUACUGUAAUGCUCUUUGGGCGAGUGCUGGCGGGCCGCUUCACAGUAACAUGUGGAGACAUAACCAAUGUUCUCCAGAAGUCACACAGAACUUUAUUUAACAUACUGGAACUUCUUCAGGAAUAAACUUGUAGAAGCUUUCAAAUAAGUUGCUGCUUUUGUUGUUGAACAAAAGUUGUUAGAGAAUAACAUUUUGGA